AUGGAGAAAAAGAGCGAGAUCAACGGGCACUCCAUGCCCAGCUCGGCGUCCACCGCUCGGAUGCUGGAGAACAGCGAGCAGGAGCCCGGCGCGGAGGAGGAGGAGGAGGCGCAGCAGCAGCAGGAGAGGAAGACGAAGAAGGAGAGGGGCUUCGUGGAGAGGCUGAGAGGGUUCCUGUGCAGGAACCUGCUGGUGAUCCUCACCGUGUCCGGCGUCCUGGUGGGCGUGGGGCUCGGCAUGCUGGUGCGCAGCAUGGGCCUGAGCAGGGCGCAGAUGAGCCACUUCGCCUUCCCCGGGGAGAUGCUGCUGCGGAUGCUGAAGAUGAUCAUCCUGCCGCUGGUGGUCUGCAGCCUGGUGUCGGGCGCCGCCAGCCUGGACACGCGCUCCCUGGGCAAGCUGGGCGGCAUCGCGGUCUCCUACUUCCUGGCGACCACGCUGAUCGCCUCGGGCAUCGGCGUGGCGCUGGCCUUCAUCAUCAAGCCGGGGGUGGGCGCCGGGGCCCUGAACACCAACAGCCUGGGGCUGGAGAGCGUCAGCAGCAACAAGGAGACCGCCGACUCCUUCCUGGAUCUGGCCAGGAAUUUGUUUCCAUCGAACUUGGUGGCGGCUGCUUUCCGCUCUUAUGCCACGGACUACAAAAUGGUUGCUGUGGGUAAUGACACCAAUGGGACAAUCCUCUAUCAAAAGGUGCCGAUUGGGACUGAAACCGAUGGCAUGAACAUCCUUGGUCUGGUGCUGUUUGCCAUGAUGUUCGGCGUGGCCCUGCGGAUACUUGGAGAGGAGGGAGAGGAGCUCAUUCGUUUCUUCAACGCCUUCAACGAGGCCACCAUGGUGCUGGUGUCCUGGAUCAUGUGGUACAUUCCCUUUGGCAUCAUGUUUCUCGUGGGGAGUAAGAUCGUAGAGAUGGAAGAUGUAGUUCUCCUGGUGACAAGCUUGGGGAAAUACAUCUUCGCUUCCGUCCUGGGCCACGUCAUCCAUGGAGGCAUCGUUCUUCCCCUCAUCUACUUUGCCUUCACGCGAAAGAACCCCUUCACAUUCCUCUCGGGCCUCAUCACGCCCUUUACCACCGCCUUCGCCACCUGCUCCAGUUCAGCGACUCUUCCCUCGAUGAUCAAGUGUGUGGAAGAAAACAACGGUGUGGACAAACGCAUUAGCCGCUUCAUCCUCCCCAUCGGAGCUACAGUGAACAUGGAUGGAGCUGCCAUUUUCCAGUGCAUUGCUGCCGUCUUCAUUGCACAGCUCAACAACAUCGAGCUCAAUGCUGGACAGAUCUUCACCAUCUUGGUAACGGCCACAGCCUCCAGCGUCGGUGCCGCUGGCAUCCCCGCCGGCGGCAUCAUCACCAUCGCCAUCAUCCUGGAGGCCAUCGGCCUGCCGACCAACGAUCUGUCCCUCAUGCUGGCCGUCGACUGGAUUGUGGAUCGUACUACCACAGUGGUGAACGUGGAAGGCGAUGCUCUGGGGGCAGGAAUCCUCCACCACAUCAACCAGCUGGAAACGAAGAAGCACCAACAGGAGGCGGAGGAACUGGGGGAGGUCAGGGUUGAAUCCGUGGCCAACGUUAAGGCGGAGGAGGAGACGUCGCCGCUCGUCAUGCAUCAAACCAAAAUCUUGGAGGGCAUGCCCGAAGCCAUCGAGUCUGUCCUGUGACCUCAGGCAGACGUUUCCUUCGUGGCCGUCUGACCGUUUGCUCUGAGAUUUGGGACGUUGCUGCUGACCGGGCUUCAGUGCGACCCGAUGUCCUUGAAAAAAAAAUUAAAACAACCAAAAAAAAAAAAGAAAAAAAAAAGGAGGAAAGUUUGCAAGGUAAAAAGAAAAACUCAUAGUCUGUGAAAUCGGCAGUGUGUCCAGGAUUCUAAUUCAGGAUAGUACAUAAUGCAAUUCAGAAAUAUUUUUGUAAUAAAACAUUUAACAUUAA